GAUAAACCCGGAAGAAGUCGGAAAAUGUUAACUGCUCAACUGUUUUUUUGUAAAUUGUCGUCGUCAAAUGCCAUUUAUAAAGCGAUUUCUGGUACUCUAGUACAUCUUAAACAUGGGCCAGAUUGAAUGGGCCAUGUGGGCAAAUGAACAGGCCAUAGCUGGAGCCGCAGUGACUUUGUUGGGUGGUAUCCUUGGCGUCGCUGGGCUUUUCACACGCUGGCAAAUUGGAGCCUACGCAAUUCCAGCUAGUCUACUGAUCAUCUUGUUAGAAUAUCCUCGUGGACAGAGAAAGAAAGGACGGACCAUUGAAAGAAGGUUCCAGAAAUACUUUGCAAAUGCCUGGGUUAAUUUGGGACCAGUCACCAGAAAUUAUUAUGUCAGAUUUGUCAUUCAUCUUGUUUUGUGUAUUCCAUGUUUUUUCAUUCUCCCAACAUUGCUAGGAGCAGUUUCGGUGUUCAUAUCAAGCAUCAUUUACUUUGUAGCAGCUGUGAAGGGGGAGGAAUGGAUUCCAGUCGAGCAAGUAGAAACAAAAUCAAAAGUCAACCGAGACCAGAGUACAAUCAGACGUCCUCCACGCAGGGCACCACCACGGGGUCCACCUGGAGCAAGCAAUUGCGCGUUUGAAGAUGACGAGCUUCCCCCAGUUGUGCCUGAGGACAAUCGAGUUUGAUUGCAGCCUACUGGAUGGAUAUUUUGGACUGUGCUAGUCUCAAGACUGAUCAAAGGGACCUCCAAACAAUUUGUUGAAAUUUUCACGAGAUGAUGCAACCCUUGCAUAUCCAAUGAAAUUCAAGUGGAAAUGCAUGUGCAUACUUUCAUAGCAUAUCAAAGUGUGUGUGUGUGUGUGUGCAUUUACUGCUUUAUUGCGGAGUCAAAGUUUACAGCAAUGAUUUGAUUGAGGACUGUAAUAUUGUCUCUUAAGUGGCUGGCCAGGCCCGAAUUGUAUCAUCUGGAUGGUCAUUCUUUAUUGGGGGGAGUUAGAAGACUUGCCCUCAGUGACAAAAUAACAUGCUACUUCAACACAAGGUUCACAAAACUGUUCUUGGGCUUAGGGCGUAGGAGCUGUCUUCUUACAAAGUACUGCCUCAGGAAGAUUCCGUACGUGCAAAACUGCCCCUGUGACCGCAAAAAGAACUAUUAGCUAAAGACGAGUCGUUUUUCUUGGUUGGUCUCCUGGGAAAAGCAGAUAAAUCAGGCAUGAUAUUUGAGUAGCUGUGAACAUUAGGUCCUUGUAAAAAGAAACAGAGAUGGAUGUAAUAAUAAGAAAUUAUUAUAUUUA